AUGGAAGUAUUGGUGGAGUUCGAUUACGCCGCUGAGGAGCAUGAUGAAUUGACUAUUAAGAAGGGCGAUAUAAUAAAAGAUGUGUCUCAUUUUGAAGAAGGGUGGUAUAUUGGAAACUUGAACGGAAAAGUCGGAGUUUUUCCAGAUAAUUUCGUUAAGGUGAGUUUAUAA